AUGGCUUAUACAAUGCUGCAUAUCUCUGGGCAAGCCGCACAGUCUCCUGCAAUCCUCAGUUUGAAAGAAUUUCAGCUCAAAAAUGGUAUUGGACCAUGGAUGACACGAGUUCGAAUCGUUCGAAUGUGGCACGAGCUGGACUUCAUGAGAACUGAUGAUGUUACUAGCCUCGAUUUGCUCCUGCUAGAUGACGAUGAUGAUAUGAUACACGCAAUUGUUCAGAAAAAUUACAUCUGGAAAUUUGAACCCCUGCUAGAAGAGGGAAUACUACUUGGUCUUACCAAUUUGACAUUUGCACCAGAGAAAAAAAUGUUCCGCCCCUGCCAGAAUGACUACCGUGCAUACUUUAAUUGGAAUACUGAUGUUACUCCUCUUGAGUCCACCACCGCACCCAUUCCUCGCCACAAGUUCUUUUUCAAAGAAUUUGAAGCACUUGUAGCUGAUGCCACCAAUACCUACCUUACUGAUGUAGUGGGUUUGUUAACCAGCUACACAAACUUGCAGCAAGUUAAGCGAAGUUCUGGCGAUGUAGCCUUCAUGCGCGAACUAACCCUCGAUAACAUAAGAUACCUUCUGCGAUUGGAAGUUCAAGACCCAACAUGA